CCUUCAAACUGCUCCAACUGCAACACCAAGAACACUCCGUUGUGGCGUCGGGGGCCGGGCGGUGAGCCUUUGUGCAAUGCAUGUGGGUUGUUUUUGAAGUUACACGGCGUUGUGCGCCCGCUAUCCUUGAAAACUGAUGUUAUCAAGAAGAGACAGCGCAGCGCGGGAAGUACC